AUGUAUGGCGACUUAGCUACUAAGCUAAUACUUGAGGCUAAAAGGACUAAAAAUUUGACAGAACUACCAAUAUAUGAGCAUGAAUUGGUUAAGAAUAUCUUGCAAGAGACCUCAGAUUUGCAUAAGGAUGUUGAGUUUUUAAAUGAACAACAGUUGACACAGACAAGUAUGGAAAAUGAUGCUAGAAGGAUAAAUCAGUGUCAACUCUUUGUCACUCACUUGUGUCUUCGAAGGAACAAACGAUGUAUGUUAGCGUAUGAGAAACUUCGCGCCGGGAAGAUUGAUGAAUUUUCAUGGUUGAACAUUGACCCAGUUCUCAGUGGGAGUAAGACUUCGACAAGUCUUGGAAAUCUGGCAGCUGAUUCUAUUCGAUCUAAAGCAUGCACUAAAAAUCUAGCCAUCGAAAACUUAAGCCAUCAGGAGCAAGAGUACUUCAAAAAGUAUCAAGACAUAUUACUAGACUUCAAAUCAAGCUUUGCAGAUAUAGAUCUCUCAGGAGAUUUAGAGCCCCCGAAAGAGAUCUUUAUCGAUGUGAGAGUCCUAAAAAAUGGGGGUGAGGUUCAAACAGAGUAUGGUGUUUUCAACCUUAUAAAGGACUCCCAAUUCUACGUGAGGAAAUCGGAUGUUGAUAGGUUAAUACAGCAAGGGUUUUUAGAGGAAAUAUAG